GUCAAGGAUUCACGCCUGUUUCUCUGUAUUUUCCUCUACUACUACUUUUCUCUAGAAAAUUCAUGUAUAGUUUAACAAUGGUGAUGAAUAUUGAGACUAUUAUUCUAGUAUUUGAUGAGUUUGAUGCUUUCUUAAUCAAUCAUGAUUGGUUUAUAAAUAAUAUUUCUUUCAUCUGUGUAUGAUCUGGCAGAAUCUUUGCUUUCAUUUAUAAGUGCCAUUUCAAUUUGCAGAACUUUCACUAAUCUUCACUUGCUAUAAUUUGUGUUAUCUAGUCGCGAAAACACAAAUUCUCGCUUUGAUGGGAAGACAGCCUUGCUGCGAUAAGAUUGGAUUGAGGCGCGGUCCAUGGAGCAUUGAGGAGGAUCAUAAGCUUAUGAACUUCAUUUUGAACAAUGGCAUACAAUGCUGGCGACUUGUUCCAAAACUUGCAGGUUUGUUCAGAUGUGGAAAGAGUUGUAGGCUAAGAUGGAUUAAUUAUCUGAGGCCGGAUCUUAAGAGAGGGGCAUUAACAGCAGCAGAAGAAGACAUGAUUAUUCAACUUCAUUCCCACUAUGGUAAUAGGUGGUCCAAGAUUGCUUCACAUUUUCCAGGCCGGACAGACAAUGAAAUCAAGAACCACUGGAAUACCCGGAUCAAGAAAAGACUAAAGCUUCUUGGUUUAGACCCCACCACCCACAAGCCUAUCGAACAACCUGAAAUGUUUACCACAAAGGAAUUAGAUUGCGGAGUUCCUUCGUCUUUUGAACAACACCAAAUGUUUACCACAAAAGACAAAGUAAUUCUGCAAUCUAAUUCCUUCUGGAACCAAGCCAACAACAACCUAGAGCUCGACUUGCACGAUAGUCUAUGCUCAAAAGGGACAUCAAUGGCGAUCUCCGCAACACAACCUUCUAAUGCAUCUGCGAGUGUGAGUGAACCAGUUCAUGAGGACUUUCUUCAACAAUGGAUUGAUAACCCCAACAGUAUGCUUUCAUGGGAUGGUUUUAAUAAUCUAGAAGAGAUUUUCCUAUGAGAAUGUCUCCAAAUUUGAUAGUUGUACACUUUUUUUUUUCUUUUUUCUUUUUUUCACUUGCCUCCGUAUAUAUAGGUCCCGUUUGUUUUUAGAGGCAGAAUGAAGAGAAUUAGUAAUAAAAAAAUUAAUAAUGAGGGGAUUGAUAAUGAGGAAUUAAAUAAAAUUGUG